AUGCCCCCAACUCCAGUCAUAGCUGAGCGACCGAGAAUGUUCACAGUGGAAGUGGAUGACACCCCAACACCACUGUCAGAAAUUCCAGCUACCCCGCCUCCAAAGUUCAAGAGAAAACACAGACCGGCACCCCUGGACACAGUGGCUCUAAGCCGAAGGACUUCCCUGGAGUUGCCAUGUAUGGGAGGAGUCCUCAGUUCGCCUUCACCAACUUACCUACCAUCGGCAGUCGAUUUGGGUUUCCUUGACCUGGUCAAGGGAAGAGAUCCAGAGACUCUAUCUCAAAACACAGGAAGCGAGAUGGAACUGCCAAACAGCAGAUUCUCUUCUUCAACAUCUACGUCUGGUGUCAACUCCCCCACGACAAUGACAAGGACCAAUACUCCUCGUAGCUCUCUCUCCGUACCCAGGAUCUGCGGCCUCCUUACAUCCCCAUCACCAACUUUCCUACCCUCAGCCACAGGGAGCGACUUUGACUUCUUCAGUCUCAUUCGUUGUCGCGACCCUGAAGCCAUCGCCGCCAGCAAAUACUCGAAUUCUCGCCGGGGCACCAUCAUCUCAAUCCCUGAAGAAUCAGAUGUUGACUUCCCGGUAUCUCGCCGUGCAACCCUCGCACAUACUCGUUUCCGGUCCGUGGACUUCAGCGAAGCCACCACAGCGACGGCACAAACUUUGCAACGUGUUGGUGCCGGCGAAGUACGACGACGACCCAGUAUGGCUCCUUCAGCCAAUUCUGCUACCUCUGCUUUCCUCUGUCCACCCGCUCACUCGGAAGAGUUCCGCGAUAGCCAGAUGUUCUUCCACGUUAUGAGCUCUGGCCAAUUCAGAAGCACUGCUGAGACCGCUGCGAAGAGACUCGAGGUCGAAGAGAUGCCUGUGAGUCCACUCUCGUUGGCUCCUACACAGACGUUGAGCCUCGGAGACCAGCAAUCUUGUAUCAAAUUCAGCCCCGUCUUUGAUGGCGGAUUUGCAGAUCUGGUAUCACGCGAGAGAAUUGAUUCCUCUCAAGCUGCAUCGAAGAAGCAUGAGUAA